UUCUUAUAUACGAACGCAACGCGAGGCCAUUACCUCUCUUCUUCUUCUUCUUGCCUCCACCGCUGCAACUCUCUCUCUCUCUCUCUCUCUCGGUUUCUUAUAUACGAACACAACGCGAGGCCAUUACCUCUCUUCUUCUUCUUCUUGCCUCCACCGCUGCAACUCUCUCUCUCUCUCUCUCUCUAUAUAUAUAUAUAUAUAUAUCGAUGGAGGCUCUGUGUUUUGCUCCUCCUCAGCCGCCGGUCCGACGGGCGGAAUUGACUAGCCAAAUCAGAGCGCCGACAAAUGAAAUCAGGCGGGGCAAAAUCAAGCCGUUCAUACGCGCGACGCUGUCCGAGCAGUCGCCCGAGAUCUCCCUCAAACCUAAGGUUGCUUCGCGCCAGAAGCCGCUGGAAGUGUCUCCGUCACCGCCGCCGCUGUUGUCGGUGUCCUCCGAUUCACUGCAGUACCACGCGGGAAUCGUCGGCGUGGUGCCGGACCGCGGUGUAGAGGACGGCGGCCACGGCUCUCCAAAUGCGAUGGAAUACUUGACUAACAUACUCGCGUCGAAGGUGUACGACGUCGCGGUCGAGUCGCCAUUGCAGUUCGCGCCGAAGCUGUCGCAGAGAUUGGGGGCGAAUAUUUGGCUGAAGAGGGAGGAUUUGCAGCCUGUUUUCUCGUUCAAGCUUCGAGGAGCUUAUAACAUGAUGGCAAAACUUCCAAGGGAACAACUUGAAAGAGGGGUUAUUUGCUCAUCUGCUGGAAAUCAUGCCCAGGGUGUUGCAUUAUCAGCUCAGAGGCUUGGCUGCAAUGCAGUGAUUGCGAUGCCUGUUACGACACCAGAAAUCAAGUGGAAAUCAGUUGAGGAAUUGGGUGCCACAGUUGUUCUUGUGGGGGAUUCAUACGAUGAAGCACAAGCAUAUGCUAAAAAACGUGGUGAAGAGGAGGGGCGUACCUUUGUACCUCCGUUUGAUCAUCCAGAUGUCAUCACAGGACAGGGGACAAUUGGGAUGGAGAUUGUGCGUCAAAUGCAAGAUAAGUUACAUGCGGUAUUUGUGCCGGUUGGAGGUGGUGGACUUAUAGCUGGUAUUGCUGCCUAUAUCAAGAGGGUUUCUCCAAAGGUAAAGAUAAUUGGGGUGGAGCCUGCUGAUGCAAAUGCAAUGGCAUUGUCACUACAUCAUGGUCAGAGAAUCAUGCUAGACAAAGUGGGAGGUUUUGCAGAUGGUGUAGCUGUUAAAGUUGUUGGGGAAGAGACUUUCCGUUUGUGCAGGGAAUUGAUAGAUGGGGUAGUUCUUGUUAGCCGUGAUGCCAUAUGUGCAUCUAUAAAGGAUAUGUUUGAGGAGAAAAGAAGCAUUUUAGAACCUGCUGGUGCUCUUGCCCUUGCUGGAGCUGAAGCAUAUUGCAAAUAUUAUGGCCUCAAGGGUGAAAACAUUGUGGCAAUAGCCAGUGGGGCAAACAUGAAUUUUGAUAGACUUAGAUUGGUAUCCGAACUUGCAGAUGUUGGUAGGCAACGGGAAGCUGUUCUUGCAACUUUCUUGCCAGAGGUGCCUGGGAGCUUCAAACAAUUCUGUGAACUAGUGGGGCCAAUGAAUAUUACAGAAUUCAAAUACAGAUACAAAUCCGACAAGGAAGAAGCUCUGGUUUUGUACAGUGUUGGACUCCACACCGUUUCUGAACUUAGAGCGAUGAUUGAUCGGAUGCAAUCUUCUCAGCUUCGAACUGUUAAUCUUACUAACAAUGAUUUGGUUAAAGAUCAUUUACGGCAUCUUAUGGGGGGCCGAUCCAGUGUUCAGGAUGAGCUGCUUUGUCGGUUUGUCUUUCCAGAGAGGCCAGGUGCUUUGAUGAAAUUUUUGGAUGCUUUCAGUCCAAGAUGGAACAUUAGUUUGUUCCAUUACCGAGGACAGGGUGAAACGGGUGCUAAUGUAUUGGUCGGAAUCCAAGUUGCUGAUGCUGAGAUGGAUGAGUUCCGGGCUCGUGCUGAUAGACUUGGUUAUGAUUAUGUAGUGGAGAGCGGGAAUGAAGGGUUCCAUCUCUUAAUGCAGUAUAACUAAGGUAGAUCUCCUUGUGUUAAAUCAGUCGGUGCCACAAGUAUACUACUCUGAAAAAGAUUCAGAUUUUCCACAUUCUUAGUCGAAAUGAGGGAGGAAUUCUUUUUUUGCGAGAAGAUUGUAAUGCUGUCUAUACUUUCUCAAAGAUUCAAUCUGAUAUCAAUCCUGAUGUUUGAGAGGAUCUAUAUAUUGCUGUGUUUAUGUUGCUUUGUCAUCACUGACCUAUAAGAGAUGGUUUUGUGCAACUGCUCUUAUAUUUCUUUGUUGCACAACUCUGUAAUUUGAGAGAUGAGAUCGAUGCUUCUGAAGAUUAGCUGCUGCCAGUUGUUGAAUCUGGAUGAUCGAAAUAUGCCAGCGACCUGAUUCUGGCAAUGGAAUUUGUAUUUAAAUUUCUGGAGAUUUAGUGUUACAUAUUUAUCUUAUAUAUAGUUACCCUUUCUCUACU